AAAAUUUCUACCAUUAUGUCAACUGAAUCAAACCCUUCAAUUUCUGGCUCGUCAACAAGGGUUCCAUUUUUUCGACGACAAAAACCUCAAACUUCUAUUCGACAACGACAAAUUGAGAAGGAGGAUUUAAAUAAAAUUGAUGAAGAUAAUUCUAAUAAAGAAGAAAGUGAUGAUUCUUCUGCUUCAGGUGAAUCAACUGGAGCUGAGAAAAUUAGACUUAAAAUAAGUGAAAAGAGGAAAAUGCGAAAUAAUCGAAUGCAAACGAGCAUCAAAAAACGCCGAACAGAGGAUUUGGAUGAAUCCAGUGGAACUGAUUCUAAUGAAGAUUUGGUUAAAUUUGAUCAUGAUGUGAAGUUUUCAUCAAGUGGAGUAAAUCGAACAGUUCCAAAUGACAUGGGUGCAACUGCUAGAACAGAAAUAGAUACAGAUCAUACUAUGGAUGCACAAUCGCAAUUUGAACGUGUUCAAAAAAUAUUGAAAAAUAAACGAUUGGAAAUGGAAAAAAAUUUGGCUAUUGAAGAAGAAGAACGGAAGAAGUAUGGAGAAAGGGCUAAAAGACCAAGCAGACUACAAGAAGCUGGAACUUCAAAGGAACAACCAAAAAUUUACCAAGGAUUAGCACUUUAUGGGGCAAAAGAAAAAGAGGACACCGUCAAAGGAAAUGCCUCAAGUGGACUAAACAGAAUGGGACCAAUACGUGCAACACAAUAUAUGAGGGCUAGUGUCCGUUGGGAUUAUGCUCCGGAUAUUUGCAAAGAUUACAAAGAGACGGGAUAUUGCACUUUUGGAGAUUCUUGUAAAUUUAUGCACGACAGAACAGAUUAUAAACAUGGAUGGGAAAUUGAAAGAGAUUGGGAGGAAGGGAAAUUAAAAGAAUCAAAAGAUGAUGAAUUUUUGGUUAGCAGUGAAGAAAGUGAUACAGAACAGGAUAAAUUGCCUCAUAGUUGUUAUAUUUGUAGAGAAAAUUUUAAGCAGCCAGUUGUUACAAAAUGUAAACAUUAUUUUUGUGAAGUUUGUGCACUCCAACAUUAUCAAAAAUCUAAAAAAUGUGCUAUAUGUGGUGAAAAGACUGAUGGAGUUUUUAAUGUGGCUAGAGGUUGUUUUUUAAUUUAA